AUGAAGAACGUUUUACAACUAUCAGAGAGGUUCUCCCGAUUUCUCAUUCGAUUCAAAUCAUCUCAUGCAGAAGAAAACUUGAAUCUAAUCGAGGAAGAAGGACCUAUUGUUGUUCCUAGGCUGUGGAAAAGCUUUCUGAGUUUAGAGAGAAAAAACGACAACGAGUUUCGGUAUGCUGAAAAAAAUUGUUGAGACAUUUUUUCCAACUUGCAGCGCGUUUACAUUGUUAAGAAGCAGGAGAUCAAUGCCUCACAUUUACGGGGGUCAGGUAGAAAGCAAGAAAUGGUAUUAAAUGGAGAUGGAGUAGAGAUUCAGAUCGUUGCCCAAGCUCUGAAAUCUGCUUGCCUUACAGUCGGCGAAGAGUUGCCCGUUCAUUCAAUGCAUAGCUACUUCAUAAAAGCAGGUGGGUGAGAAAUGGGAAAAAAGAAGGCUGAAUACUCAUAAUCAAAAAUAAGCUUGUUUUUUAAGGAACUUGUGAUGAACCAGUAGAUUAUCGAGUUGAAAGACUUCGUGAUGGUCAAAGUUUUGCAACACGCGCAGUUCGAGCAAUUCAAAACGAUGAAAUUAUAUUUUCAUCUCAAGUGUCCUUCCAUGUGAGUUUACGGUUCAAAGAAAAAAGUUUUCUGGAAAAUUUCUGUGAAAAGCUUUGGUUAUAACUAAAAGCUUUUUUUGUUUCAAUAAGGAUUUUGCCAGUCCAAAGUCACAGCUUCCAAUUUGCAGGCAAAAUCUCUUAGGCGUGUCUUAACAAUUUUGUAACAAAACAAUUUUCUUUCUAAAAUUGACCUUCUAACAUUUUUUCUUUUUCAGAAAGUGGAGAAAUCGGCCAUGAAGCAUCAAAUAAAAUAUCCGAUGCCUCAAGGACCAGAAGGAUUUAAAACCCUGCGAGAGAUCCUUCAAGAAAGGCUCGACUAUUAUGAUAAAAACGCGUCGGACAAGUCCAGCGAUGAGGUCACCAAAUUUUGGCUUGGCUACAAAUUGUUCGAAUUUCCAAACACUUUUCAUGGAAUAUUCGAGGUACUUUUCCUGAAACUGAUCGCAUUUUUGAAGUUCCUUUCAGGUCAGACCCGUGAAUCAAGAUUUGUACGAUCCAAAAAAACCAGGCGCCAAUACAGAUCCACAGUUUGAUUUUUGGGUGAGGCCAACGAUCCCAAUAGGUUUGUACGAAAUACUCGGUCAAUAGAUGGUAGUAAUUUGAGGAAACGAUUUUUUCGCCCAAAGGCUUUUUGCUGCUUACAUAUCGGAUUCGACGAUGUUGGAAACUGCAUUGAUCCCUCACAUUGUGAAAGGAUAUGUUCUAGGAAUGGUAGAGAGUUUUUGAGAAAAUCAGUGAAAAGACAAAUUUAAGGCUUUUUCUUUGGACCAUUGCAUGUGGUUUCAUCAGCCGAACUUUGUCACGGACGAUUGGAUGCUGUGGGAGCAAUUUAGCGAAUAUGCAGGUUUCUUUUUAUUUGAUUGCCUUUCCAGUCGGAAGUUUAGAAAAUCUCUUUGAAGGCUUGCGGAAAAAAAACUUUAUUAUUUGUUAUUUUUUUAGGUUUACAUUUUUUUGGAAAUGAAAAUGUUCACGCAUUUCUUAUCAUCAAUAUACUCCAUUCACCUUCUGUAAUUUUCGAUAUUUUGCAUUGGAAUGUUUGCAGUCUUUGAGAAAGUUUCAAAACGAAAAGGUUGUAGCGAUUUUCUCCGACCGGGUCUAGCUGUUUCUAAAUUUAUUCGAGCAAGUUCACUUGGAAUGCCAAAAAUGAAUCGAUUAAGGCGGCAACCGAUCCACAACCCGUGGCCGACUCUGGUCUAAAGAUGGAGACUUGAUCUUGUCAGCCAUGCAGGAAGGAGUUUCUCGUGCCGUCCGAAAAGUCAAAUUUUGAAUACUUCUCCAUUUUUCUAUAUUUAAUAGAUACGCAAUAGAUUUAUAUGCAUUGUUUCUCCAGCCUCUUUCUUUGACGAUCAAUUUUUUGAUCUCGGAAACUUUGACAAAAAAAAAUAAAAAAUUUCAGGCAACAUAUGUUAUUGUGUUAAUCAUCAAAGCAUUGCUUUUUUGUCUGGAAAGUUGAGAAUUAGGCGAAAAAAUUCAUUCUACCAUGAGAACAUUUUUAUUGAUCCAAGCUAUCACUUUUUGCUCAUGCGGCAGCUUCUUCAACAUAGGCCCAUUUUCAAUUCAAAAUCCUCUAGAAACACAUGUCAGUGUUCAUCUGAAAAUCACAUGCGCCUAUCCUGCUGAAAAAAGACCAGUAGUGUUUCUGAUGGAAGAGGAUUUUGGUGAAGGUGAGCCGUACAUAAGAAAAAGUAGUUUGAAUAAAAAUCAGGCGAUGAGUUCUAUUCUGAUGAGGACGACCUGCUGGACCACGCUAUUGUAGAAUACAAUCGUUUCCACACGUUUGAGGGCAGCGAGCUGGAGUUCGAUGGGAUCGAGCCGUACAUCUUUAUUUCUUACAUUUGCAAUCCAGUGAGUUCUGUUUUUUUUUUUUUGGUUCUCUUUCAUUUGGUGAAAACAAUAGUUGUUGCGCUCAGAUUAAAAUAUCCCGAAAAUGACAUGAUUUCUUUCAACUUUCAAUGGUCAUUAUAUUUGGACUGGAGGAGUUUUUUUCAACUAAGCCUUAACCAAAAUGGUGUAAAAAAAAAUGUCGAAAUCAUAAUAGCGUAAUUUUUUUAUUUAUCGAGAAAAAAAAAUCGGUAGAAAAAAAAGAAAAAUUUUAAUAUAAACAAGUUUUUUAUUUCUUUUUUGAUGGUUUUUGAACUCACUUUUAAAUCAGUAUUUUUUUUAUUUUUCAGAAAGACAGAAAUUUGGUCGAGAGCAGGAAGAUCUACUUGGACUCUACAAUUUUUUCCAUGAAAUACACAGUUCUUGUUGAUCUUGUCCCUUUCAAAGUAACAAUCACUUCCGCCAGGACAAAUUGA